AUGACGGCCGAGGACGGCGAAGAGGGUGAUCCCCGGCGGAGAGCAGCGCUGGAUGACCUGAUGGAGGAUGCCCCCAGCCGAGGGAGCGGGACGCGGGACGGAGGCACGGCAGCAGCGGGACCCCCUGGACAGAUUCGCCGGCGAAAGGAUGCAGUAUACGCGUCGGAGUUUCUAAGACGAGUUGAUUCCUCUGAUGCACGAUCACUGGUGAAGAGGAUGAUUACCGGACAGAUAUCGUCAAAUAGUACCCUGAUACAGCUUAAUGGAAGUAAUCUAAAAUCAAGCGUGUUACCAGAGGCUGGUGUAUCCAAUGACCGUCAAAUGGCAGCUUAUAUUAUUCGCUGCGUUAUUCCUUCUUUGUACCUGAUAAUUAUUAUGGUUGGGCUUCUGGGCAACAUUACUCUGGUGAAGAUUUUUAUUACCAACAGUGCAAUGAGAAGUGUGCCAAACAUUUUUAUUUCCAGCUUGGCAGUCGGGGACCUGUUACUGUUGGCCACCUGUGUGCCUGUGGACGCCUUCCGCUUCUUCUUUGAGGAGUGGAUGCUCGGGGAAGUGUGCUGCAAGCUCAUUCCAGCCAUUCAACUCACCUCUGUAGGAGUGUCGGUCUUCACACUGACUGCACUCAGCGCUGACAGAUAUAAAGCUAUAGUAAAGCCAAUGGACAUCCAAACAUCAAGUGCUGUUCUGUGGACGUGUGUAAAAGCUACAGCUAUUUGGAUUAUUUCAGUGCUUUUAGCAGUUCCAGAAGCAGUGUUUUCUGAAGUGGCCCACAUCAACGCAACAGACAAUGUCAGCUUCACAGCCUGUAUACCUUACCCACUAUAUGAUGAGUUGCAUCCUAAGAUCCAUUCUGUGCUUAUUUUUCUAGUCUAUUACCUUGUUCCACUUACUAUAAUUAGUAUUUACUACUAUCAUAUAGCAAGGACUCUCAUUAAGAGUGCCCACAAUAUUCCAGGAGAAUUCAGUGAACAUUCCAAACGACAGAUGGAGACCCGAAAGCGCCUGGCUAAAAUUGUAUUGGUGUUUGUUGGAUGCUUUGCUCUCUGCUGGUUUCCUAAUCAUGUUUUGUACAUGUAUCGUUCCUUUAACUACAAGGAAAUUGAUCCAUCUUUGGGGCAUAUGAUCAUCACAUUAGUAGCAAGAGUUUUGAGUUUUUCAAACUCAUGUGUAAAUCCUUUUGCACUUUACUUGCUUAGUCAGAGUUUUAGGAGACACUUUAAUAGCCAACUCUUCUGCCGGAGGAAGAAACAGCAUGAGAGAUUGACCAGUUACACCUUGAAUUCCUCUGCUAUCCGAAUGACUUCUCUGAAAAGCAAUAUAAGGAACACAGUGACCAGCACCUCUUUCCUGAAUGGUCAUAGUCAUCAAGAAGUAUCAUUGUGA